UUUUUUAUUAUUGACAUUUCCAAACAUUUUUGGCGCUCGUCCUAUGCAUAUUUGUUCUGGCAUUCGAAGUGUGUCACCUUUUCAAAUGACGUAUUUCGGAUUCGCUUGAGAGGUGACAACAUAACUUCUUGACAUUCUGUAAAAUAUCCAGUCCCUUGUAGACAUGACUGUUGAUUUUUUGACUCACCCGGAUGAUGAGUCAAUCGUGACGAAAGUGGUUCCUUUAACCGUUUGUUUUACAGGACGUUGUAGCAACAGCUGUUGUUCUCAAAAUCCGCCCCUUCCAAUAAGCCAGACAAUUUCCUUGGUUAAUCUUUGAUAUGGUUUGUCAGCAUGAUCAAAUAAGACCUUCCAGGAUCUGUGUCAUUUAAAAUGGGAAACCGAGCUACUCGUCAGGAAACAUGUGAUGCUGUUUGUCGUGAUAAAUUUGAAAACAAAUCUUCAGACUUCUUUUAUGAUCCUCUCGCAAGCUUCAGGGUGAACAAUGGAGCCCCAAUAAAGAGCUUGAAAAAAACUUGCUACUCAAAAGCGAAAACGGUUUGGCCCCUUCCCAACCAUGAACUUCCCUUUUUCCCAGAAUUUCCAAUCAAAUCUGUAACGUCUGAGCAUUCUUUCAAUGUGAUAUCGGUUGUUUCAUCAGGUGCUUAUGGAAAAGUUCUUCAUGUUGUCCAUAAAGAAGAAGCAAAGAACUAUGCCAUGAAGGUUUUGUCAAAAAAUAUGAUAUUUAAAGAAAAUCUCGUCCAACAAGUCAAAGUUGAAGCUCAAAUACAAGUCAUGUGUGAUCACCACCCUUUCCUCGUGCGUGGCCCUUUUCGUUGGCAAAACAAAAGGAAUCUCUUUAUAGUGACAGAAUUCAUCGAAGGCGGCGAUCUGCAGCAACUUUGGCAAGAAACCGGAUGUUUCCACGAAGACUUGAUCAAAAUUUAUGUAGCCGAAAUAGCCUUAGUAUUAGAUUUCCUUCACAACGCCGGCAUUAUUUACAGAGAUCUGAAAAUGGAAAAUCUUUUGAUCGACGGGAAUGGACAUUUAAAAUUGAUUGAUUUCGGCUUGUCCAAAUGGCUGUCCCAUGGAGAUCGAUGCCAUACUUUAUGCGGCACUCGACAGUACAUGGCUCCAGAAAUUUUGCGGCUGGAAUCGUACACGCACGCGGUUGAUUGGUGGUCGCUCGGCGUUCUGUUUUACGCUCUGCUUCGAGGCAAGUUGCCCUUUUUUGGCAACUCGGAGGUCCCAGCUGCUCGAGAGACUCCACUAGACUUCUCGGAUGAUGACAUGAAUGGCGGGUCGUCGGCUAGUGAAUCCGCCCGGCGGCUUAUUCGGGGCCUCUUGACCGUUGAUGCACUGAAACGAGUCCGCAGUCUACGGACGCUGAAAAAUCACGCUUUCUACCAUCACUUUGAUUUCGAAUCACUUCGGUCCAAAAAGGUAUGCAACAAACGUGGCAGAGGACAACAUGGUGGCAAAAAACAUGGAGCCGGAAACAAGGGCUCAGGGCAAAGGCAGAACUUCAUGAGGCUUGGAUAUGAAACAGGAAACAAUCCAUUCUACUUGAGGGUCCCCAAAGAGCCAUACUACAAAGGGCACCAUUUGAGACGAGAAUAUCCACCCAUCUCGCUUAUGCAGCUACAGACCUUGAUUGAUACAGGAAGGUUGGAUACCUCUAAACCCAUUGAUCUGUCUGCAUUAUGCAACACCAAACUUUUUCAACUAUCUCCACUUGAAAAUCAAUAUGGGUUUCAACUCACUGAUGAAGGCCUUGACAAUUUCAAAGGUAGGGUAAACAUCGAAGUCCAGUACGCUUCGGAGCAAGUGAUUUCAGCCAUCGAAAGGAAUGGCGGAGUCAUAACAACGGCCUUUUAUGAUGCCCCAUCCUUAAUAGCCAUGCGGGAUCCCAUGAAAUUCUUCGCCAGUGGAAACCCUAUACCAAAGAGACAAAUGCCACCUGAAAAUGCAGUUGAAUAUUACACCGACCCUAAAAAUCGAGGAUAUCUGGCAGAUCCUGACUUAAUCGCAUUGGAGCGCUUCAAACUUGCUCAGAAAUACGGUUAUGAGCUUCCAGAUUUAAAAAAAGAUCCGGAACUUCUGCCCAUGAUGCUUGAACGUAAAGAUCCUCGACAGAUCUUUUUUGGUCUCAAUCCUGGAUGGUUGGUUAACUUGAAGGAUAAGAAAAUCUUUGAACCUGAGGAUGAACAAUUACUAGAAUACUUUGGAUCACCUCCACAUAGCCCUCUGAAAUCACCAACAGAUUCUUAUCAGGCUUAUCAUUAUGCUGUUCCUGCUACUAGGCCGACACCUGAAAAUUCAUCUUCAGUCAACAGUGACUCUUUGGCACAAGAGUUUUCCCAGUUGGCGAGCGAUCUACAUGAUGGGAUGGAAGUAGGCUCCUUAGUAGAGGUGUUGUUCGCUGGCAGACAGUUAUUUGGUGUAGUGAGAUGGUGUGGCAAGUCUAGAAAUAAGUCGGAGCAAGGUCUAGUCGGAGUUGAAUUGGAGUGUGAUAUUGACGAAGGCUCAGAUGGCAACUACCUAGGCCAACAGUUCUUUCGUUGUGCGCCUGGUAGGGGUGUAUUUGUCCCAUUUAGGCACUGCAGGGCCGACUCGAGGUUCAGUAGCUCCUUUGAUGUCACGAAACCCACGGCCUUUGGAAGAAAUUAUGAAACUUCUUCCGAGCUAGAAAAUGGAGGCCCAGAAUGCCCAUCAGUGUCUGGUGAAGUUCCCCCAGUGGGUCAGUUUGGUGACUGGAGUAAGCUGACUGGAAAAUUUCGCGGAAUCCAGGGUCAUCACAAUUCUUGCUACCUGGAUGCAACGCUCUUUAGUAUGUUCACCUUUACAAGCAUUUUUGACGGUCUGCUUUACCGACCACCGACGCGUAACGAUAUACCGCAAUACGAGGAAGUGCAAAGAAUAUUGAAAGAAGAAAUAGUAAAUCCUUUGCGUCAGCACUAUUAUGUGCGGGCUGAUAAAGUUAUGAAACUGCGCCGUCUUCUUCAAAAACUAGGGUCUGUCAAAGGUCUAACCAACGAAGAAAAAGAUCCGGAAGAGUUUCUUCAUUGUUUGCUGUCCCAAACGCUCAAAGCCGAACCGUUUUUGAAACUGAGCUCUGGGCAAGAAGCUUAUCAUCAUCAGCUCUUUGUGGAAAAAGACGAUAAACUCGUGAUGCCUACCGUCCAACAACUUUUUGAACAAAGUUUCCUGUCUAGUGGCAUUAAGCUAAAAGAAGUUCCACCAGUGCUCAUUAUUCAAAUGCCUCGCUUCGGGAAAUCUUAUAAAAUGUAUCCCUAUGUUCUUCCGUCCUCACUUCUGGACAUUACGGACGUCUUAGAAAACUCCCCUCGGCAGUGCAUCGUGUGCGGCCAUUUGGCUGAAAUGGAAUGUCAGCAGUGUCUUGGCCAAUGUGGCUCCGGCUUGGAAAGCAUCGCUUUUUGUGCACCUUGUCUUUACAAAGUCCACAGUCAUAAAAAACGAACGACGCACCAGGCUCAGCCGUUGCAAGUACCGGCAGAUUUUGCUGCCUUGCAGGAACAUUGUAUUAUACCGCGCAUGUACAUGGAGCUAUUUGCUGUCGUAUGCAUUGCGACAAGUCAUUACGUGGCUUUCGUGAAGUGUGGGCCGGGGCCAGAUGCUCCUUGGUGUUUCUUUGAUUCAAUGGCUGAUCGUAAAGGUGAACAAAAUGGGUUCAACAUACCCGAGGUGAUCACUUGUCCUGAUCUGCCAAGGUGGCUUUCAGACGAGUGGGACAAACAGCUUCUGUCGAACGGCUUGGAUCCUUCAUCCUCGUCGUCCUCAAGUAAUCCGUCUGGCGCAGGUCUCCCGGAUUACGUUCGCCGCCUGUUCUCCGACGCCUACAUGUGCCUUUACCAAAGCCCCGAUCUUAUGUUAUACCGCUAAGUAUUUAAUCUCCGCCUGUUUUGCCUUUUCUGUUUAUAAAGGUCAAUGUUGUGAGUGCUUUGAAAAAGUUUAUCUCACAUCAGCUGGUCCUACACCCUUGCCUGCUCUUCCUUGCUGCCUAUUCGUUGCACAAUAUUGAACGUUACACUAAGCGUUACAGGUGAUGGACAAAUUGUAAAAAAUAUUUCUGUUGAUAGGACGAGGGAAAUGGAAGUUAUUACAGUAUCAAUUACUUGACUA